AUGGUCUGCGAUUCCGAUAAUAAAGUGCUGCAAAAGCUGAAGAUUUACUUCAAGAGAUGCACUGGAAUACUUCCUUAUUCUAUGGUUUCUCUUGACUCAUCUAGAAUUGUUGUUUUAUUUUUCGCAUCCGGUGGCUUAGCUCUUUUAGAUGCAUUGGACAGUGUGGAUAAGAAUGAAAUCAUAGAAUUUAUAUACUCUCACCAAAUAUUGUCAACUGAUAUUCAAGACAAGGGUGGCUUCAGAGGUUCAAAUCUCAUCGGUUGUUCUUCAGAUCCUGAAGAAGCUAAGUUGGUCCGUUCGAAUUGCCAGCUGUUAUAUUUGAAUGGACUAGAUUCUAUCAAUUGUGAAAAUGUUGCUGAUUUCAUCUCAAAAUGCCAGACUUACCAAGGUGGAUUCGCUAAUUUACCGUAUUUGGAAGCACAUGCUGGAGCUACUUACUGUGCAGUAGCUAGUUUGUCUCUUAUAGGUAAAUUAGAAUCCGUUAUCCCAUCUGGAUCCAAGUCACGAGAACUGUUGAUUAAAUGGCUAUUGAACUUACAAGAAGAAGGAUUUCAUGGGCGUGUUGGUAAACCAGAUGAUACAUGUUACACAUUUUGGGUCUGUGCUAGUCUUAAGAUACUAAACUGUCACCAUCUGGUCGAUAAGAACUCAGCUGUUCGUUUUACUCCUGACCAGUUUUGUACCCCAGAUCCACUUCAUACUUACCUUUCUCUUUCUGGCUUAUUAUGUUUAUGUCCAAGUGACAUUUUAAAAACUGACGACGAUGUAAAAUCAAUGGAUUCAGAAUCAUACGUGUAUCGUAACUUACAAGAAUUACUAAAUUCAGACGGACUUCUUACUGUUUAUCCAGAGUUAAAUAUUCCUGAAAGAUAUCAUCAACGUUUGAAACAGAUUCAUUUGCAGUGGAGUAAAAAAUAA